AUGAUCGGUGGAAAGUUGUGCAAAUCGUACUUCAGCCGCUUUAAAGUGACUGGUGGCCCCCGCUGCACCGAGCGGUUCAUCAACAAAAUGGACUUGUACUUCAUUGCUGUGGCUAAGCAGGCGGACGAUCAUGCCAAGGGACACAUCCCUGACCUUGAAACAUACAUCACUAUGAGGAGAGAUACCAGUGGGUGCAAGCAUAUUUUUGCUGUUAUCGAAUACGCAGCUAGGAUUGAUCUCCCUGAUGAAGUGGUGUCGCAUCCGGUUAUCAUGGUCAUGGAGGAGGCAACCAAUCAUGAUGAUAUUGUUGCUUGGGCCAACGAUAUGUACUCAUACAAUGCCGAGCAAUGCCGCCAUGACACACAUAAUAUGAUUUCCGUGCUCAUGUGCAAGCGUGGCUUGGACCUACAAGACGCUGUUGACUAUCUAGGCCACUUGUGCAAGGGAUCCAUCCAGCGCUUCGAAGACAACCGUAAUAACCUUCCCUCGUGGGGAGAAGAGGUUGACAGGCAGGUGGAUAUCUACGUUGAUGGGCUGCAGAACUGGAUUGUUGGUUCUCUGCACUGGCACUUCGAUUCCACCCGCUAUUUCGGGAAUGAUGGGCAAACUGUGAAGCGGGACUUAAUCAUUAAGCUCCUUCCCAAAAGGGCCUUGUAG